GAAUAUCUGCAUAACGGUGGCAAUAAUUUCACGCUAUCCGUAUUGCUAAUGAUCUUCAUCAUCAGUCAGAUCGCCACUACCGGGAAUGAUUACUGGCUAUCAUACUGGACUACCUUAGAAGAUGUUAGGCGUAUUGAAAAUACUAGUGACGUAACACAAUUCGCGAAUAUGUACAACAAUAGCUUCCUUGGGUCGAUCUUUACGUUGAACCCGGACGGCCUGCUGAGCACUAUGGAUGCCAUACACGUUUACACAUUCUGCAUCGUCGCCUGCAUCGCUACUACGUUGUUUCGCAGCUUUCUUUACAUGAAGAUCUCUAUGAACUCGAGUAUUAACCUUCACAACAUCAUGUUCUUCAAACUGCUGCAGGCGCGCAUGUCCUUCUUCCACAACAAUCCUUCCG